AUGAAAUUCCUCGAAGUGACAAGAACUUGUUCCUCUCCAGACAGUAUAUCGCAGUUUGCGGCUGCGCGGAUGGCUCACUGGAAGUGGCUUGUCUGGAACGGAACAAACUUAUUGGGGUCUAUCAACAAUCUCGCAUUGGCAUCGUGCAUGUGCUGGUCCCCAAUGUUCAAGUAUUGCUGGAACUUCUUUUCGAAUCGUAGCAAUGAUAGUUUCGUUACAGUAUGUUGGCUCACGUUUGGUGCUGGCUCGAUUGGAUGGGUCCAUAGAAUUCUUGGAACUGUCACUGACUACAGAGAGGGUACCUCUUCCUAUCCUACUCGAGUAACGUCUAUUGUGCUUCUCAACGUCAUUCGUGCUCAUCAGAAACCGAUUUCUCACUUGGAAGCUUCAUCGCUGGUAGCGGUUUCAGCCAGCUAUGAUCAUACACUCAAGGUGUUCGACCUUCGUACCUGCCAACUACAGUCGAUGCUGCAUGCUCAUAGUGGACCGGUGACAGCCGUGUGCAUCGACCAUGCUUCCAGCACGUUAUUCUCUGGCUGUGAGCAAGGCAUAAUCUGCUGGUGGAAUUUGACUACUGGAGAACUUCUUCGGUCGCUUGAUGUCAAGUGUCUAGGUGUGGAUAGCUUACGUUAA